AUGUUUUCUUAUAAAAAGGUUAAACAAAGCAAAACGGAAGUACUAACAUGGUACACAAAGGUAUCCCCUUUAACAGUGGUGUGGGUGGCUAACCGAAAUAAACCUCUUGAUGAUAAAUCAGGACUUCUCAAACUCAAUGAAAAUGGGAUUCAUGUGCUUCUCAAUGCUACAAACAACACUAUUUGGUCUUCCAACAUAUCAAGCAACGAAGGGAAUAAUCCAACUGCUCAUCUUUUGGAUUCCGGAAAUUUUGUUGUGAAAAAUGGACAAGAAACUAACAGUUUCUUGUGGCAAAGUUUUGAUGAAAUUGGGGAUACAAUGAUCCCAGGAAUGAAGCUUGGAUGGAACUUGGAGACUGGUCUAGAAAGAUAUAUAUCAUCUUGGAAUAGUGACAACGAUCCUGCUGAGGGAAAAUAUGCUUUAAAACUUGACCUUAGAGGAUAUCCUGAAAUAAUUAUAUUCAAGGGACCUGAUAUAAAAUCGAGAAAAGGGUCAUGGAAUGGCUUGUCUGUAGUUGCAAAACCAACUACGGUUCCUGAAAUAUCACAAAACUUUGUCAUCAAUGAAAAAGAGGUGUAUUAUGAGUACGACCUUGUUGUUCCAUCGAUCUUCAGGGUACAUAAACUGACUCCUUCAGGCACAGUGCAGAGUUUGUAUUGGACAACUCAAAGAAGAACCUUGCAAGUCACCUCAACUGGGGAGGAAGAUCAGUGCGAGAAUUAUGCCUUUUGUGGUUCAAAUUCUAUAUGCAGUUCAGAUGGUAACCGAGCAACUUGUGAAUGCCUGCGAGGUUAUGUUCCAAAGUCACCCGAUCAAUGGAAUAUAGCAGUUUGGUUUGAAGAUUGCGUUUCAAGGAACAAAUCUAAUUGCAAUAACAGUUAUACAGAUGGCUUCUUGACAUACACACACCUGAAAUUGCCAGACACGUCUUCAUCAUGGUUUAAUAGAACCAUGAACCUUGAUGAAUGUCGGAAGUCAUGUCUUAAAAACUGUUCUUGUAAAGGAUAUGCCAAUUUAGAUAUUCGUGAUGGAGGAAGUGGCUGUCUGCUUUGGUUUAAUAGUCUGGUUGACAUGAGGAAAUUCUCCCAAUCGGGACAAGAUUUGUAUAUCAGAGUCCCUGCUUCAGAAUUAGAUCAUGGUGGCCAUGGAAACAUCAAGAAAAAGAUAGUAGAAAUCGCAGUUGGAAUGAUUAUUUUUGGAUUAGUCAUAUGUGUAUGCAUAUUUAUAAUAAAAAAUCCAGUCUUAGCUAAUGCUACUGAAAAAUUUUCAACUAAAAACAAGCUUGGAGAAGGUGGCUUUGGACCCGUAUUCAAGGGAAAACUGAUAGAUGGACAAGAGUUCGCUGUCAAAAGGCUUUCAAAGAAGUCUGAGCAAGGAUUAGAAGAGUUCAAAAAUGAAGUAGCAUUGAUUGCAAAACUUCAGCACCGUAAUCUUGUAAAGCUUCUGGGUUGCUGCAUCGAAGGAGAAGAAAAAAUGUUAAUUUAUGAAUACAUGCCCAACCAAAGUUUGGACUACUUUGUUUUUGGAAGGAGCUCUUACCAUUUAUUCUAAAACUCUAUGGCAAUUUUUAUCUUAUUGCUUGUUUGUACUUUACAAAAUUAUGGACACUGCAACUUCUAUGCUAAAUGCAAGCAUGUUUUUAGCUAGAUGAAACCAAAAAGUUGUUAGAUUGGUGUAAGCGUUUCAGCAUUAUUAGUGGCAUUGCUCGUGGACUUUUGUAUCUUCAUCAAGACUCUAGGUUGAGAAUUAUUCAUAGAGACCUAAAAACUAGCAAUAUUUUACUAGAUGCUAAUUUGGACCCCAAAAUAUCAGACUUUGGCUUGGCUCCAUCAUUUUUGGGAGAUCAAGUUGAGGCAAACACCAAUAGGGUGGCUGGAACAUAUGAGAUCAGAUGUCUUUAGUUAUGGUGUGAUAGUUCUAGAGAUUGUAAGUGGGAAAAAAAAUAGAGAAUUUUCAAACCCAGAACACUGCAAUAAUCUUCUUGGACAUGUAAGUAUAUUGAUCUAAUUGUGUUGCUAAUUGAUAUAAGUGGAAUUAUUUAACUCAUACUAAUUUAAUUCUAUCCAUCUUAGGCAUGGACAUUAUGGACCAAAAAAAGAGCACUAUAGCUAUUAGAUGAAGUAUUCGGAGAACAAUUCAUGCCUUCGGAAGUCAUACGAUGCAUACAAGUAGGCCUCUUGUGUGUGCAACAAAGACCAGAAGAUAGGCCAGACAUGUCAUCAGUGGUUUUAAUGUUGAAUGGUGAUAAAUUAUUGCCAAACCCAAAGGUUCCUGGUUUCUACACUGAAAUAGAUGUUACAUCUGAAGCAAAUUUUUUAUUGGAAAAUCACAAUCUGGGAUCCGUUAAUAACUUUCCAUCACAUCGUUAGAUGCAAGAUAGGAAAUGCAGGCAAGAAAAUGAUAAAGCUUCACCUUCUAAUGUGGACAUGUCACAUAUUUUAUGAUACAUAACUAGUGAAUGUGUUAUUAUUAUGAUUCCUUCUUUACCUUUGUUUUAUGUAUCCAAAUAAAUGUAUGAGAUACAAUACAAUGAAGACAAGAAUUGUUAAUUGUAAUUUGCAAUAUAACGUAGUUGUGAAGUUUCUCUGAAUCUUGACAUGAA